CCAACCGUCAUGGCCCACAGCCGCAUUGCCGACAACCGCCUCAGCACUUUAGCUCAUGUAAAGCACACCACGAAUUGCUGCCACCCGACAAACUACGAUCCUCUGAAGAUUGUCUACCUCAACCAACAAAAUCAAAUGACAGUGGCUAAAGUGGAAGGAAUGAUUGCAAGGAAGUGUUCUUGUUGA